UAGGGCGAGUGCAUCGAGAGAAAAAAAAUAAACUGCGUGCUCUCAAAUCAGAAGCGGAGGCACCACACGCUGCACAUCACCAUUGGAAACACAGUGUCCAGAAAUCAAGAAAACACGUGGGUUGCCAAGUUGUGUGAAGAUAUCCGGCUACUAUUGUUGCAUUUAAAUGGAAUAUGCUCAAUGUCUCUACACAAAGCAGGAGGAUGAUGUGGGCAUGAUGAGCAAGACACCCCCUAACAGAAGAGGGAUAACCUUUGAGGUGGGAGCAACGCUAGAGGCCAGAGACACCCUCAAAAACUGGUAUCCGGCCAACAUAGAGAAGAUCGACUAUAGUGAUGAGAAGAUCCUGAUCCACUACCGUCAGUGGAGCCACCGCUAUGAUGAGUGGUUUGACUGGACCAGCCCCUACCUGAGACCUGUAGAGAGGAUCCAGCUGAGACGACAGGGACUGCUGGACGACGAUCCUAUCCCUGGAUUUCAUGUGAAUGACAAGAUCCUCGCCAGUUGGUCCGAUUGCCGCUUCUACCCUGCCAAGGUCUUAGCAGUCAAUAAAGAUGCAUCUUACACCGUGAAGUUUUAUGAUGGAGUCGUCCAGACAGUGAAGGGGAUCCACGUGAAGCCUUUUGUCAGAGAGAGAGGAGGAGGGAAGACUCGGUCUGCUGAGAGGAAUGGAGUCAGGAAGCACCAGAAUGGCAGAGAACGGAGGCCUCAGGAAAACAGCCCCAAGAAUAAAAGGGCCAGGCGCAGUACCUCUGACCUGGAGGGAGACAGUGAGACCGAGGAUAAUAAUGAGGUUGAUGAAUGGGACAAGAGGGAGGGACAGGAGAAGACCAAGAGGGAGGACGGUGAGGUGGACGUCACCAAAGAGAGUCCACCCGCGAUUAAGCAGGAGGAGCAUACAGAGCAGCAUGCAGGACAGAACGACCUCCGGGAUCACAUGAUAGCCACUGUGGGCCCGAACGGAGUGAAGGUGGAAGAAGACCGAGGACAGAAGGUGGAAGAAGACCGAGGACAGAGUGAGGAGAGGUCUACUCAUAAUUUAAAUGGAGGGAUAAAAAAAGAGGUGGAAAUGGAAACUGAGUACACAGUCCUGAGCUCACCAAAUGAACCUAAGCCACCCACUGAGUCACCCAAUCAGAUGUCAACACUGACAGGGCCAGUGUCUAUCCCAUUACCCUCAGCUUUGUCCACCAAUGACGGAGUGGAGCAGAAGGCAGCGAGCCAACCGGAGAGCUCAAAAUCUGCACCACUGGACCUCCCAGUGAAACCAAUAAGGAAGCAGGGUUUUCACAACCCCAACAGAUUCAGCAGAGAGCCAUUGUACAGAGUGAUCAAAAACCAGCCUCCCCCAGUCCUAUCCAUCAACUUGGACCACAACCCGUUUAAAUGCAGCGCUGUGGGUUGCACCAAGUCGUUCCGCAAGGCCAAGCUGCUUCACUACCACAUGAAGUACUACCACGGAGAGGACCAGCAGCUAGAGGAUGACCUCAGCCCCACCAGGAGCGUCCAGACCCAGGCCUCAGAGAAGCACCCCUUCCCUACCACUCUGGAGAGUCCUAAGAGGAGACGCACCAUCUCUGCCUCAAUGCACUCCACUGUGCACAGUCCUAUCAGAACUCCCCCGUCUCCACGUAGUGAGGCAAAGACAAUGAGCAGACGCAGGUCAGUGCCACAUGCUGUCAGCACAGAGCCAACGCAGAGCCAGCAGCAGAGGGCACUGCUGAGGGAGAAGAGUAAAGAGAACCAGCUGGACAGGAAUGGCCAGAGACCGGUGGCGACAGAGACGUUUAUGAGCAGUGGCAUGGACUUAGGAUUGGUGAAAGAACGAGACCGGCUGAAGGAUAAGAAACAAACGGACUUCCUUCGCGUUAAACUGAAGAAAAAUAAGAAGAAAAAGAAGGCCAAGUCUGAGUACACAGGUAGUGAGGAGAAUAUUGACAUCUCAAUAUUCGAUCUUCAGUCCAAAUUGAAUUUGCCACUCAAAUUCCCCCUCUCACACAAUCACAAGCCUGAGUUAUACCACUGCAGGCCCGGAUACAACCAGUCAGAGCAGAUACACGUGGAUGAUGAGGAUAGCAUCAGUGAUUGGUCAACUGACAGCUGUGGGUGGAGUGAUGAUGAGCAGGGGGCGGAGCUGGACGUCACUACUCCACCCCUGAAUCUGGGCUCUGUUGCCUUGGAGACGGGCACUCAGGAGAUUGUGCGUUGUGUCUGUGAGGUGGAAGAGGAAAACGAUUUCAUGAUACAGUGUGAGGAGUGUCUGUGCUGGCAGCAUGGCACCUGCAUGGGCCUCCUGGAGGAGAACGUCCCUGACAAAUACACUUGCUACGUCUGCCGAGACCCACCAGGUCAGAGGCAGAGCCUGCGGUACUGGUAUGACCGUGAUUGGCUGAGCAGGGGUCACAUGUACGGUCUGUCCUUCCUGGAUGAAAACUACUCCCACCAGAAUGCAAAGAAGAUUGCAGCAACACACCAGCUACUAGGAGACGUCCACCGUGUGGUGGAGGUGCUCAAUGGCCUGCAGCUCAAGAUGAGCAUCCUACAUACCCAAACCCACCCGGACUUGCGGCUGUGGUGCCAGCCCUGGAAGCGGACAGAGAGGCCCUGGAGGAGAGACGGCUCGGGGACGGGCACUGACGCAGCACCGUCUCCAGCGCCAACAGACGAGGGCUCAGAGAGGGACCACAAGAGUCUUGCACGUGGGGGAGCAGAAGCUCUGAUGUCAGCCGCCAUGGAGAAGCUCAGUCGAGCCUCCUCUUCCGCCUUCUCGCCAUACCAGUCAUUCCAGGACUCGUACAUUAUGAGUGAGCACUGCUACCAGAAGCCGCGGGCGUACUACCCUGCGGUGGAGCAGAGGCUGGUUGUGGAGACCACACGGAGGGGCUCUGAGCUGGAGGACAGCCUGAGGAGUACUGAGGACCUCCUGGAGAGAGAGCAGCGCUAUGGAGGCAUGCUAGAGACAGCCAGGCCCAAAGCCCACACACACCUGAACAUUCACACCAAGUGUUCAGAUGUUGGUCUCUGGGGCCAGGCCGAGGUGAAGAUGGAGGGAGGGGACGGAGACGGCAGUAGCCAGCAGCACCAGUGGCAGAUCAACCUGCUGGAUCACAUAGAUGCUGUACAGGAAGAGGUCACUCACAGGAUGGACUUCAUUGAGAGGGAGCUGGAUGUGUUGGAGAGUUGGCUGGACUACACAGGGGAGCUGGAGCCCCCAGAGCCUCUGGCUCGCCUGCCUCAGCUUAAACACAGCAUGAAGCUGCUGCUAACAGAGCUGGCUAAGGUGCAGCAGAUUGCCCUGUGCUGCUCCACAUGAGGGUGCCAGUGAGCAGUGUGACAUCCAUAUUCACAGACCAACACAGCACUCCCAAGAGACAAUGCAGUGGAGAACAGCCACUCACAGGUCUAUCUAUGGCAUAUGGGGGUUGGACUGAGGAGAAAUGACCAGAUAAUUAAAUGCAAAUGCACUUUCAGUAUACUGCAGACUAGUGGGAGCAUUUCAAGGCAUGGGGUAAAAUGCUUGAGGAUGACAGUUGGUGUUCCUCUGUAAGGCCUCUAGUCUGUACAGGGAAAAGCCCACAUAAUGGAAAUGUGCUGUAUUGUGGUCAUUGCAGUAGGUAAUGGAUGGAGUCAAUACAAGAGAGAACAAACGGGGACAGUUUAUGAUCGGAUGGAUUUUGUUGGUGCAAACCUGCAUCAUAUUAAUGCCUUGGUCUGAGGUUUUGUUUGAAGCUUGCUGUCAUGCACUCCACAAAUUGAUGAGCUGUACUAUGUAUUCAAAGACCUCACCUGAACUUGUGAUAGGCACACUGUCAAUAUUCAAAAUGACAGCUUUUGGAAACACUGUCCUUGGAGACAUAUUUUGCAACUCUUUUUCCUGUCUGAAUAUUGUAAAGUACUUAGUCAAUGAUAAUCUCGCAUAAUUAUUAAGCUUAUGUUUGCUGAUCAUGUGGAUUGUUUUACAGAGCACAACCUUAAUAAGGUUAUACAUAGGGUGUGACAAUACAAACUAUAUUCUUAUAAUGGCACUGUAUAGAUAAGAUUAAUCUUUCAGAUUUUACGUAGUGAAUUUUUACUUGGUCUGUAUUAUAGACACUGGAGGGACAGUACACAGUUUGAUGACGAGUGACGUUUCUGGAUUUUUGUUUUCAUAUGGUUUAAAUGUGGUUUCUUUCCAAAGCUAAUGUCACUUGUAUUUUGUUGGAUUCCGUGCAUCUUCUCUUCUAUGCUAUUCACUCUCGUCUCGCGAGUUCCUACCCUACUACUUUGCAGAUGCAUGCCAGAUCUUAGAAUGCCUGCAAUAGUGUAACAUUUUAGCCAACCACCUUGUAUGAUAUAGCAAUCUGGUGCCCGACUGCAGUCUGACGUGGCACACAGCCAUUGGUAGAUGCAAUGCAACUCCUGCCUUGCACAUCUAGUCGUGCAGGAACUCGACCUUUAACUUUUCUUCACUGUAGCCUUUGACUUUUGGCUUACUGCAAAUGUUUGUGGAGAGGUCUGCUACAACCUCAGCAUUUUGUGUUCUGUUCUCAGUGGAAGACUUGUAACAGAUCCACGAUUUUCCUUUUCUUGUAUUGUUUUAUCUGUACUGUUUAUUUGCAAUAUUUUGUAUUUCUUGUGUAAAUACAUCUGAAUGUUUCCUGGGAUGACUUUGUAUUGAUGGUUAUUUUUAAACAUAGCCCUCCAAAGAGCCAUACUGUACUAGUGGGUCAACCAGGUGAAGAAUCAAACAAGAUGUUGAAAAAAUGCAACAAAUAUGCUGGUACAUAAAUACACUAUCUCUCAUUGAUAUAUUCGGAAAGUAUACAGACCCCUUGACUUUCCAUAUUUUGUUACAUUAUAGCCUUAUUCUAAAAUGUAUAAACAUUUUUUUUAAAUGUAUUAAAUAUUUUAAAAAACA